CAUACAGCUAAUAACCAAAACUCAAACAAUAUAAACAGAGAAAAAUAAAAAUCACUCUUAUAAAUUCAGCAUGAGCAGAAUCAAAAUCUUAUAACAUUGUCUGGCCUAACAGAGCUGAAACUGUGAAUUGUCAUUAGAACUGUCCAAUUGUUCAAACUUUCAAAAUCAUUUAAAAAAAAAAUUCUUCACCCAAACUUGCAAAAUUAUGCGUGCAACUCAAAAUCAGAAAAAAAACAGACAUUAACGAAUAAAUAUUUGUGAAUAUCGGGAGUUGAGCAGCAGAAAAGUGGGCUUACAAUGUACAAUAUUUCGAUGGUGUCGCGUCACGCAGUGGCCUUACCCCGAACCACCUGCCCCAGAGAAGAAGAAGAGGAUGAUGACGAGGAGUAUAACUCAGUUGACGGAACAAGGGGUGGGGGAAAUGUGCAGCUAAAGACGACGAAUAACCCACAUCAAUUGUCGUACUCUUGUAGCCAGAAGAGAAAAGCGUUCCAGUCGAGACGGUUCCGUCUGAAGAAGAGACCUCAUUUUGAUCGCAAUCUCAACUUCACCAGAAGAGGAGUGGGGGACCUUCCGUCUGUGGACCUCGACGGGAAUAUUUUCCCCGAGCCGCGUGAGCGGGUGGUGUUGAACAUAGGAGGUGUCCGAUUCCACUCGUUCCGCUCCACCCUCUCCCAGGUGCCGGGCACUCGACUGUUCUACUUGAUGCAGAUGCCGGCCGACAGACUGCACCCGGACGAGUAUGAACACUCCUCCAGACAGUACUUUUUCGACAGGUCCCCCGAACUAUUCGAACAUGUCAUCAACUACUACAGGACGGGACAACUACACGUGCCUCGUGAUGUCUGCUGGCCCCUUUUCGACAGUGAACUCCAGUUCUGGGGUCUGGACCAUUCCCACCUCGAGACAUGCUGCUGGAUGAUAUACAGGCAGCACACAGAUAACGAGAACACCCUCAAGACCCUGGACGCCGAGGACGAGGAAGACCACAGGGACCCCCGACUGGACGAGCUGAACAGCGAAGAGGGGGAGGGGGAGGGGGAGGGGAAGAAGGGAGGGGGUGCGUAUAGGAAGAAGUGGCGUCGGGCAAUGGUUGAGUUAUGGGCAGUGAUGGACGAUCCCAUUUCCUCCAACUUGGCCAAGGGAGUCGCUCUGUUUUCCCUCUUCACAAUCCUCAUCUCAGUCGCUAUUUUCUGUCUCGAGACUCACCACUCAUUCCGAAAGACCACAUACCACAACACCUCCCACUUCGACCCAGAGAGGAACGAGACUGUUUGGAGAGUGGUGGAGGAGCGGGAGCCGAUAGAGGUCAUCUUCUACAUGGAGACCUGCUGUGUCAUCUGGUUCGCCCUGGAGUUUCUCCUCCGCUUCCUCUCCUGUCCGAACAAGUGCACUUACAUGAAGAAGUGGCUCAACAUCGUCGACUUCCUCUCCAUCCUCCCCUACUUCUUCGACUUCCUCAAGACCAGCAACCAGGCCACUGGUCUGCUGCGGGUGGUGCGAGUGUGUCGUGUGUUCCGAGUGUUCAAACUCACCCGCCACUCAGUCGGCCUCAAGAUCCUCUGGCACACUCUCCAUGCCAGCAUGAAGGAGCUCUUCAUUCUCGGCAUAUUCAUGUUCCUAGGUGUUGUGAUCUUCGCCAGUCUGAUCUACUAUGCGGAGAGACUGUUCGACACAGAGGAGUCGAGAGAGAGUGACUUUGUGGACAUCCCUGGUGGCUUUUGGUGGGCCAUAGUGACCAUGACCACUCUGGGCUACGGGGACAUGGUGCCCCAUACCCUGGCUGGCCAGAUGAUUGGCUCGCUCUGUGCCCUGUCUGGUCUGCUGACAAUUGCACUCCCAGUUCCAGUCAUUGUCAGCAACUUCUCUCUCUACUACAGUCACUAUCAGGCCAAGAUCAAACUUCCGAAGCAGACCAUAGACCAGUUGAACAACAAGAUAUCGGCACACUCGCCCAACGGAGAAGACCCCCCUGAUGAAGUGCUGGUGGCGGAGAACCUGCGACUGGACGGGGGCAAGGCGAGUAGUCCGGGACUGAAAGGGAUGACGCGACCAUUCAGACAGAAGACUAUCAAAAAUCUAAUGAAUCACGCCUCCUCACAGUCGCACGGGGGGACAGAAUUGAAGUUGGCGAUAGGGUCCAAACACGUGGGAUACAUCGACCCCCCCUUCAACGAGAAGAGAGAGCGGGAGAGGGUGAAGAAUCUGAGUGUUCCGAAUCAGUCCCUCUGUACCUUUAGCAGUAGCCCCCACCUCCACGUGAUCAAACCCCCCGCCACUCCGUCGAUAAAUGCGAAAACAUCCAAAGACUCGAAAGACAACGGCCGCUCUUUCAGCUCAGAACACCAGAGGGGAGCCAUGCAAUCGGGAGAUGCGGAUGACUCCUUCGGAACGGACGUGUUCGACGACUCACUGGGGGGAUCGAACUGCAGCCACCCACUGCGGAAAGUACACGCAAUGCAACAGCAGCAAAUAGGCGAGUCACUGGCAGAUAACCAGAAAAACAACAACAAUAACAACAACAACAGGCGACAGCUGGAAGGAGGAAGAGAGAAGCAGAACAACAACAGAGGAAGAGGAGAUGCGACUGGAACCUCAUUAGAGCAGCAACCUCAGAAGGGUCUCAAAAGUCACUCACAAUCGGACGAUCAUGGCAGCGAUUCGACCUUAACUACUGCGAAUGAAGUCAGCAACACCAUCGCACCAUCACACAAUGAGCUCACGCUAGAUUGUCAAUCUACCAAAGAGUCGGCCGCUUAGAAAACAUAACAAAUUAGAUACAUAGUCCACUUAGUUCGGAUCCAAAACCUGAACUGCAAUCUACAUUUCUAUAAAUUUCAAAUUAGGCUCAAGCCUGAUAGUAAAGUAGCUGAAAAAGCAAGCAAAACAAUCAGUCCCACUUAUAUCCCGAUACACUUAUAAGAACCCAAUAAACUAGUCGGCUACAUGUAUGAUAUAAUAAUGUAAUGGGUGUUAUAGCUGUUAUAGGAAAAAUAUAACUGGGCCCUCAACUCAUAGAUUAGACAUUGAAGAAAUUUUUGUGAGCAAAAAUGCAAAAAUAUUCGGAAUUAUUUGAAGCACCCACGGGCGG